CCCCGUCCCAUAAAGGUCCCUCCGGACCCCCCGGCCGGACCCUCCGCCCGGCCCCGGCCCGGCCCCACCACCAUGAGCAGCGCCGCCGACCCCCACAGCGACAGGAAGCUCCUGAAGCCGCUCAUGGAGAAGCGUCGUCGCGACCGCAUGAACCGCAGCCUCGACCGGCUCCGGCUGCUGCUGCUCGCGGCCACCUGCGACGAGCGCCUCCGAAACCCCAAGGUGGAGAAGGCCGAGAUCCUGCAGAAAACGGUGCAAUUCCUGCGGGCGCAGCCCCUCCCAGAACCCUUGGGGAUGGAGGAGCUGUUCCUGCAGCGUUACCGCAGCGGCUACCGGGAGUGCCUGGCACGUGCCGCCCGCUUCCUGCAGGCCAUCCCGGCGGAUCCCCCCUGCCCCGGCGCGGGCCCCACGGCUGUCUGUCCCCCGCCGCUUGCCACCGGUCCCGCCGACACCCCCAGGCCCCCCGGCUGCCAUGGACUGCCCGCGCCGCGGGUUGGGCCCGGCUGCCCCGGUUAUCAUGGUUAUGGGCCUGGUUACCACAACUUUAGGCCUACUCCGGGGCCUAGUCUGAGGCCUACUCACAGGCCUGACUGCGGCCUUGGUUACCGCCCCGGUGACAGCCCUGGUUGCCCUGGCGACGGCCCCAGUUGCCGUGGUGACAGCCCCGGUUGCCCCGACAAUGGCCCUGGUUGCCUUGUCGAAGGCCCCGGGUGUGCCGGUUACCGCAGUUACAGGCCUGGUUUAGGGCCUACUUUCGGGCCUACUUUCAGGCCUACUUUCGGGCCUACUUUCGAGCCUACUUUUGGGCCUAGUUGGGGGCCCGGCCUGGGGCCUCAGCACGGCCCCGGUCGCGGCCCCAGCGGCCAUGAGGACUCACGGAGGCGCUGCUGCGCCAAGGAGGAGGCGCCGGGGGCAGCUGGGGGGCUGCCGGGGCUGCCCCGCCAUGUCUGGAGACCCUGGCCCUGAGCUGCGGACACGCAGACGCGGGGCACC